AUGUCAGAUCAGCGUGCGUGGGAUUCAUUUCUGAUAACUGUACUUGGGCUGCUGCAACCUGAAUCUUCAGGAUUUUUACAACUGGAGACAGCCUCAGUGGAGGUAAAUGAAGCAGCAACAUAUCCUCGACUGGUCCAAAGAGCGGAACUCACUCGUCUGUGCAACACUUUAAGGAAUGUUAUCAACGUUUAUUGGAUUGUUUGUGAAGACAGUGCGACAAGAUCCAAGACAACGUUAACUUUGUUGAGCAAAUGUGGAAUCCCCUUCACCUAUUUGAAUGUGGAGACCCCGUUCAAUCAGCGACCACGGCCAAACGAACCCUACUGGUCCAGACCUAAAGGAAUCUCACAACGAAACCUCGGUCUUCGUUGGAUUAGGGAAACACUUCUGCUUCGCCGGGAACCUUCCGUUUUGUAUAUUGCAGACGAUGAUAAUACCUACAGUUUGGAGGUGUUUGAAGAGAUGCGAUACACCCGCCGUGUGUCAACCUGGCCUGUGGGACUCUCCGGUGAGCUUCCAUGGGAAGGUUGCGUCACAUCUGCAACAGAUCGGUCACGAAUCAGCCAAAUGUGGGCCGCUUACAAACCUAAUCGCCCUUUCCCGAUCGACAUGGCUGGAUUUGCCGUAAAUAUGGAUCUAAUUUUGAAUCAUCCAGAGGCAAAAUUUGACUAUAAUCGACCGAGAGGUUUUCAGGAAUCAGAAUUUCUGACCGGUCUCGGCCUGAAACACUGGAGUGAACUGGAACCUAAAGCUGAUGGUUGCCAAAAGAUUCUUGUGUGGCAUACACGUACGGCGGAUCCAUCGUUGGCUGCUUGGAGGCGUUUACAAUCGCAGGGCGUUGUGGCCCCGCCUAUUCGCGAUCCGGUGUAGUUAUUCAACCUCAGAACAGCUGCCAUCCCGGCUAUCCGACUGCAUUUCGCUAAUUUGUUUUGAUGACUUUGAUUCACUUUUUCCGCACCUGGUCAAUGCAACCAUUUCAGUCUCAUCACUAUUUAUCACAUUUUUGAACUGUUAUCUUUUUGUCAUAAACGCAACACUGAAGCGAA